GCUGAUUGGGUACAAAUUACAUUACGUUUGUCGAUUGUCAUACGUCUGUGGCUCUGAGUUUGUGCUUACAACCACUUACAACAAUAAUGUCCGCGACCUGUAUGGUCUGGGUAUUUUCUUUAUAACUAUUUUAGAAUAAAGUGACGUAAUUUUGUGGAAAAUAUAAGUUUAUUGUACAGGUCUUUAAAUUAUAAGGCAGACAUUAGUAAGUUUUUAUGAUGACUACAAAAUAAUAAAGUAAAAGAAAAUGAAGUAGUGUCUAGUGGUUGUAAUGGAAUCCUUCGAAGAAUCAAACUGUCCAUCUUUAAGCGACAGUUUUUCUUUAUACGAGCGUUAUAUGAGAAGUUUUAACGUUGUAGAUCAUUUUAAUGCGAAUCGUCACGAAAUAAGUGAUCCAUCCAGUAAUUGUGAGAGUUCUAACAGUGGCGGUAACAUUGACCUAUCCACUGUUAUUCAUUCUAAUGUUGAUAAUCAUCAAGAAAAUAUCAAACUAGAUAGCAGCCCAUUCCACAACAUUUUAGAAAAUGAACAAAAACUUUUAGAUUUACAAUUAGCAAAAUACGAAUCUUCUUUUCCACCAACUGCACGUUUCUUGUCUGAAAAUUCGUCUGCCACGAGUCAUUGCUUGAACGAAAAGUCUGAAAUCACAGGCGUUCCAGUGACUUCGGAGGAUUCUAAGUCAGAGGGCUUCAAGUCUGUAUUUAUAACCUCAAAUAUGGAAAACAGUAACAAUGCGGUAGACAGCGUACCAAUGUUCCGUGACGUGAAAACAAAUGAGAGCGUUUUUAAAUUGCCAAUCAGUGAACUUUCAUUCAAUGGUACAAUUUUAAAACAUGUGCAGAAGUUGAAACCUAUCGUCGAUCCGAUGACAGCUCUGAGCACAGCCAACAGCGCAUUGAACUUAAGUUAUGAGCAGUUUACAGAUUCUUUAGCAAAUAACUUAACCUUGUGUACUGAUUAUAAAAAAUCUGUAUUUGCAAGUGACAGUGAAGAUAAAAAUACGUCUGAAUCACUCAAUAUUGAUAAGCUUACAAUGAGCAGUGUAAGUCACCAAGAUGAAGAAGAUAACUCAAGAAAGGAACUACAAAAUGGAAGUUCCAAAUCAGAUUUAGAUCCAUGUUACUCAUCUCUUGAUGCAUCCUAUGACAGUGGAAUGCGUUCUCCCGACAUAUUUUCUGAUGAAGAUGACGUAGAACCAAGUCCACAGGAAGUGCCUUUUUGGGAUUUUGUAAAAGAUCACGAAAUAUACGAUAAAAAAAGAGCCAGGAAAAUUGAGGAAGCACUAAGAGGGAUUCUGCCACCUCCAUCAGUCACAACUCUAAAAACGGAUGUAACUGAAAUGCUGAAAAAAUACUACUGUUUCCUCCCAAUUUUCAAUGGUGAAGAAAAUUUAAAUGUAGAGGCUAAUUCAAUGACACCGACAAAAAAGGUGUCAUUUAUAAAAAUACCGGUAGCUACUGGUGUUUUAGAUGAUCUUCAAGAAAUUGCAGCUGGGGUGUCAUUGCCGAAGUUCAAAAGUAACAAAUUAGAAAUGGACGGCAAUACGAGUAAAAAUGACAAAAGCAUCGACUUGAAAAUUUGUUCUGAAACUGAAGCUAUGGAGUCACAGUGGCCAGACCUAUUGAAAUGCAAUCAUUACGAUAUUUAUUACAAUCUUACAUCACAUUCUGAGAAGAUUGAACAGCUAUUGCAGAGAUACGCAGAGAGAUACGUUGGUGCAGAAACAGACACAAGUGUGAACAUAUACUCGGGCGGACUUCAGUCACCGAGUAGUGCCUGCAAGAGAAAGGCAAUGAGGCUCAAGUUGGCACAAGGCAAGUCUCCUGGCCGUAGGCUGUCUCACCUCGCGCGUCGACGGCAAGCCUUUGCAAGUGCAGCUACCAUCAAUGAGAGGGCUCAAGCUUCUACUGCUAGAAUGGUGCUCAUUGACAAAAAUUUCUUCCCACACAGAAAGCUGAUCAACACAUCAGAGAGAAAAAGUCCUCGAACACGACGUACUCCUGGAAAAAAUAUUCCGAUACGAAAAACUCCUGGCAAAAAGACUCCAGCGAAAACGCCUAAAAGUGGUGGAUCUAGUAGAAAAAAGGCUAUGCGGAGACUACUUCUGGAUUCCGAAUCAUUAUCAAAGAGCCAACCAUCAAGAGAAACAUCAAAGAGAGCACUCUUCAUCAGUCCUGAGAAUAAAAGAACAGUGCCAGUAGCGUGCUCGUCAGUUCCACAUCAAGCGAUGAAGUCUAAACGCGCAUUAUUUGGAUCUCCAGUAAGAGAGGCUGAAACUAAGAGCUUAGAUGGUACGACUAGCGAUCACUUUUUGAAACGGAAAUUGGAUUAUUUGGAUGACGUGUCUGAUAAUAAUAGAAGUAAAAUAGCAAAGAGUUUGUCGUUCGGAGGUGAUAGCCUAAGAGCCUCACAGCCUGUGAUGCUCAACCGUCGGGCGUCCGAGAGACCCGCUACUAAUUGUAUGAUUAAACUUAAUGAGACUCAUAAAAAGAAACUUCUAUGGGCAGUGACAGAGGCUCUCCGACUACACGGAUGGCGUAUGUCGUCCCCAGGUUUUCGUGAAAAGGCGUCCGCUUUGGCUAGAUUGACACGAAAAUUAUUCACUCUACCCCCACAUGCUGCCAAACUAGCCGCCCCUCAGUUGUCGACCUCUGAUACAAUGUUCAAACUUGCUCGCCAAUACGUGUUCGCGAUCAUCCAAGGGCGCACUGUCGAGGAAUGUUUCCAAGAUGAGCAGAUUAAACUAGCAAAUGAAAAAGUUAAGAUAACCGGCUACAUAUCAGCCAGUGCCUAUCAGCAGUUGAAGAAUAAACAAGUGACAUCAACAUUUACUUCUCAAAUUAAAGAAAACACGUGCAAUGAAGCCACUUUAAAACAGGAGCAACCGAGAAGUGGCACGAAGAAUGUCUUACAAGACAAAUUAGUUAAUAUAGACUCUAAUUCGAAUAGUAGUAGUGGUUUUAGUGUAUUGGAAAAAACAGUUGUGUAUAAAUCAAACUCUAUGCCUUCAUUUGAAGAAGCUGCCAAAAUGAGAGCCCGGAGACAAAUCAGUUUUGAUACUGUAGACUUUCCUAAAAGGUGAUUUAAGUAAUCUUAUGGUUUUUCAUUAGCCUUGCUUCAUUAUUUCUCAGUAGCUUCUGUUGUCACUAAAUGUAUUAGUAUAUAU